AUGAAGUUCACUGCCGUCACUGGAGUCCUCCUCCUCCUCUCCUCCGUGGCCGUUGCCUCUCCCACUGAGCCUGAUACCAGCGUGCAAGACGCCGCAUUCAAGGUCGCCGAGCCAGUCAAGCACUUGGCCGAGCGAUACCCAGUCCUCGAGAAGCGCAAGAAGGGCUCCAGCAAAGGUGGUAGCAGCAAGGGCGGCAACCACACCGAGUAA